GGCGCUGCCGGCGCGGCUCUCCGCGCUCACCGGGGUCCGGGCGAGCCCCGAGCGGCUCGGACCAAUCCAAAGCGAUUAUGCAAGACGGGGAACCAAUCAGCUCCGCCGGCUCAUGAAUAUUCAUCGGCUCGGCUGAGUCAAAGCUUUUAGGCGAGUUUGUGUAGAUGAGCGGCAUCACGCUCAGACUUUUCAAAGAGACAAACUCCAUUUUCUUAUGAAUGGAAAGUGAAAACCCUGUUCCGCUUAAAUUGGGUUCUUUCCCGUCCUGAGAAACACAACAGACCCCCAAAAGGCACGCUGAAGAGAGAGCACACACACAGACCCAGCGGCGAGAAAUGACCAUGACCACCAUGCCUGAGAGUCUAAACAGCCCCGUCUCGGGGAAGGCCGUCUUUAUGGAGUUCGGGCCGCCCGGCCAGCAAAUGUCUCCUUCUCCCAUGUCCCACGGACACUAUUCCAUGCACUGUUUACACUCCGCGGGCCACUCGCAGCCCGACAGCGCGUACAGCACAGCUUCGUCCUUCUCCCGACCGCUGGGCUACCCCUAUGUGAACUCGGUGAGCAGCCACUCCGGCAACCCCUACAUCAGUUCAGUGCAGCCCUACCCCAACAGCUCCGGCCUGGCCCAGCCCCGGCUGGAGGAGACAGGGGCCGAAUCGGAGAAAAGCACUGUGGUAGAAGGAGGGGAAGUUCGCUUUAAUGGGAAAGGGAAAAAAAUCCGCAAACCCAGGACUAUUUAUUCCAGUUUGCAGCUGCAGGCUCUGAACAGGAGGUUCCAGCAAACCCAGUACCUGGCCCUGCCCGAGAGAGCCGAGCUCGCGGCCUCUCUGGGACUCACCCAGACUCAGGUGAAGAUCUGGUUCCAGAACAAGCGCUCCAAAUUCAAGAAGCUGAUGAAGCAGGGAGGGGCGGCACUGGAGAGCGGAGCCCUGAGCAACGGCCGGGCCCUGUCCGGCGGCUCUCCCCCGGUGCCCGCCGUGUGGAACACCUCCUCCGCCUCCGGGAAGGCGUCCUCGGGCAGCGCCGGCACCUACAUCCCCAGCUACACGUCGUGGUACCCGUCGGCCCACCAAGAAGCUAUGCAGCAGCCGCAGCUUAUGUGAGCACGAGCACGUUUUUCCCCGCCGCGAGCUGAAAAAAAAUUAAAAAAUUAAAAAAAAAAAAAAAAUCAUCACGGACAGAAAAAAAAAGAAAAAAAGAAAGAAAAGAAAAGAAAAGAAAAGAAAAGAAAAAAGUAAAAUAAAAGGAAAGGAAAAAAAAAAGAAAAAAAGAAAAAAAAAAUGCAAACAAAAACAAAACCGAGAGGAGGAGGAAGAAGAGGACAAAGACUCGGCAGCAGCCGGCCGGGCCCUCCCGCUCCGGGCACAGAUGCGACGCGGCGCGUCCCCGCCGGCGGCAGCUGACGGAGCGCGGCCGGGGGACAAUCGGGGCCGCCCCCCUGUCUGUGCGUGUGGGAUUUGGGUCACGGCUGCGGCCCGGCGGUGCGGGACAGAGGCCGUACGGCGUCCCGAGCUUCUUCCCCUCUGCGUUUCCCGUCUCUUUCCCCGUCCAUCUGUAUAUUUUUUGUCGUUGUCGAAGGGGAAGAAAGGGAUCUUAUUUAUUGACCGAAUUACCGCUGAGGAGCUCCGGGCGCGGCCGGCCGCGGAGCGAGCAGUUCCGACAAAAGCGCCCGGUGCCGUUUCCCCGUCCAAAAAAAAACCAAGCAAAAAAAA